GCCUUCCUUCCCUCCUCCUGCCCGGCGCCUCGGGGUCUCGCUACCCUCGUCCUCCGCUCUGCCGGCGGGGAGAGCUGCUUCGCCGAGUCUUGGUAUCUUUUUUCUCUCUGCAAAAUUAAGAAGUUUCUCUGAACUCCAGCUCACUCUUGAUCAUUUAAGAUUUUGAGACUACCUGUGUUGAACCCUACACCACCCUUGCAUGACUAGAUACCAAGAACAAGGACACUGAACCCAAAGAUCCAUAUCCCUUUCCAAGAAAGAUUAUGGCUGAACCAGACUACAUAGAUGAUGACAAUCCUGAAUUAAUUAGACCUCAGAAAUUAAUUAAUCCUGUGAAGUCAUCUCGGAAUCAUCAAGAUCUCCAUAGAGAGCUACUUAUGAAUCAGAAAAGGGGUCUUGCACCUCAGAACAAACCAGAGCUACAGAAGGUGAUGGAGAAAAGGAAACGAGAUCAAGUUAUUAAACAACAAAAAGAAGAGGAAGCACAAAAGAAGAAAUCAGACCUGGAAAUAGAGCUACUGAAACGCCAGCAGAAACUGGAGCAGCUUGAACUGGAGCAACAGAAGAUACAGGAAGAGCAGGAAAACACGCCUGAAUUUGUCAAAGUCAAGGGCAACUUGAGGAGGACGGUCCAGGAAGCAACAGAAGCACCAGAGUCCUAAAGCCAGAGCCUGCUAAGACUUCCAGCUUUCCUGCAGAGAGAGGCUUUUGCAAGUUGUCUCAGAUUUUGCCCCUCAAGAGGAAAGAUAACGUGUGGAUUAAACAGACAGUCCCAUAAACAGAUUGACUUGCCAAAUGCAGUCCUGAGAUCAAUGGAUGAGGCGGCUGCUUGUCAGUUGGGUGUCAUGGACCAGUCUGACGUGCUUACUCAGAGAUUUGAACCAGGGAUACUAGAGAAGUUCCUUCAGUGUUGCACUGCUUUAUCUCUUGUGAUCCUAGUUUAGUGGAGAUACACAGAUUAUAUUUUGCUUUAAAACAGAACAAAAAAUCCUCCUGUGAUAUCUGAUGAAGCUUUGCUGUGCAGGUAGAUUUCCUCCAUCUAGACCUACAGCCUGUGUUUAUCUCACAAUACUUUGUGUCUAGUUGGAAUUUUUAUCAAAUCUGGGAGGAUACAAAGUGUGUUGAUCACUGCUGCCCAUCCCCACUAGGAUAGGCAGGCUGUGGGCAAGAUCAGAAUGCUUAGAAUUCACCAGCAGUGAAGAGUUAAGCAGCCUUAAAGCCCAUUUCUCCACAUUCAUCAUGUAGAAUUUGGGCUAUGAAAGAGCUGAUGAUCCUCUCACCAGGGAGAAUCCAGAAGCUGAUUUAUCUCAGUCUCUAAACCAUUGUGUACAGGCCUGUGCAGUGCUACCUGUGAAUUUACCUCUCAAUGCAAAAUAAUCUGUCUUCUACUUCUUGUCUUUUGAAAUCUUACUUCCUUUGCUGUUGUGGCCUUUCUCCUCUGAGGACAUGCUGAUCUGAGUGCAGUGUUAACCCAUUAUUUGGUAGUGUUUAAACUCAUUUGCUGGAACUGAUACCAGGAAUCUGAUUUGCCAUCAGUUCCUGCUCUUUGCUCGUAGGAACUUGUUGCUGUGUCUGCAACAGCACACUGUUUAAGCCACACCAAACUGAUCACUGAAAUCUACUGAAAUGGAGAUUUUUUUCCCUCACUUCCCAAAGUGAGGCAUAAAAUGAAAUUCAGUUAAUCCUAUCCUGCCUUCAGUCUCAAGAAAGAAAGGAAAUAUGUUACCACUGAGUCUUAGGGUCCACUUCUGUCACCUUUUGCCUUUCCACAAGUUGCCCCUGUGACUUGCCAUUAAUAAAAUGUUGCUCAGCUUGCACAGGGAUUGCAGAAUCUGGUCCUUCAGCCUGGGAUGAGGAAGGAGGAAUAGAUUACUCACGUAGAAUUAUAGAGCUGGAUUCUUAACUGAUGUGAAUGGGUGCAGCUAUCUUCAGAAUCUGGGGAGAGAUAGAGCCUCAUCUUCCUUGGUCGGCACAGUCCUAGCUCUCACUGAACCUGUGCUCAUCCCUAUCAGCUGAGGAUCUAAUCCUAGUCUUUGCCUUAUGAUGCUGAACAAAACAAUUUUUGCUCUGUAAUUACAUUGGACAUAAGUGUUAGAGAACAUUUUUUCUUAAUACCAGCAGUGGCAUGGUUUUUUUUGUAGAGGUGGUGGGGGAGGGUUUGUUGGUUUGGUUUUUAGUUCCUUCUGCCUUUCCUGUAAGUAUUGGAUGUUUUAAAUACAAUUUCAGCAGAGCACUUGGGACAAAAUGCUCACAAUUAGAAAUGUUUCCUAGAUACAGACUUCGAUUUGUCAACAUCCAGGCAUUUUUUUAUGAGGCCAUAAUCAUACUGAGAGUAUAUUGAAUUGUGAUAAGUGUGUUGCCAUUGAUUUACACUUGCAGUGUGACUCACGUCUAGAAGAUGAAAUGUGAAGUUGGCCUACCAGACUGUUUGGAUUAUGGACAUAUAAAAGACAAAGGCCAAACGUAAGAUUCUUCCACGUAUUUUCUCAACCAAGGACAUGUUGAGUGCUGCACGUCCUUCCCUCUCUCCUUCCCUUCUUCUGGAAGGAAAGAAUCUUCCUUUCUGGCAGUACAUUAGCACUGAUUGAGUUUGUUUUGUAUCAUUGAGACAGCACUAUAAAUGAGCUUUUCCACACCAUGCUCAUGUUUUAUCUUAGCCUCUCCCAGCCUACCAAGCUUCAUACCUCUUGGUUUCCACUCCACAAUUCACCUUCUGCUUGGUAUGGAAAUGUCUGGAAGUUGGAGAGGAAACCCUCCUCUGGCCUGAGCAGACCAUUGCUUCUCAGCUGGUUCCCCUCGGUGAGCAUGGCUAUCCUACCACAUGUGCACAGUGAAAGGACUUGGUGUAAUCUACCUGGCUUGAUGGGAGACGAGGACCUCUCCUUGGCUUCAGGGAGCGUGUUGGCUUGGGCCCUUCAAGGCUGAAGGCAUUCUGUUUUCUGUCUGUGUCAGUCUGUGAUUCAGGGUAGGGUUUCUCUUUCUGGAACACAGGAGGCCAGAAAACUCCCUUGUACAUACAGCUUGAAAGUAGAUUUUUGUUUUCAGUUACAAUUAAUUUCCUGUGUGAACAGAACAUCAACGUGUGUGUUAGAACAUCUUCGAUUCCUGCUGACCUUGUAGUCUAGAAAUCCCAUCCACCUCCACAUCAGUUUGAUAGGCAAAGGUUUGUCUUUAAAGUCAGGAUUGGGCUAGAAUGGUCAACCCUUAAAUGUGGAUGGUCAGCUAGUCACACCACAAGUGUCCUGGGAGGCUUCUCAAGGGAGAAACUGCUUGCCAGUGAGCAUAAGCAAUUCCUCAUCUGCCCUUUAGCUAUAUGGGUUUUGGAGCAAUCUGGAAAAUACUUCAGUGAUUUGAAAACAGCUGACUUACCACUUUGUACUUUUUUAAAACUCUUGCUUUUGAUAGUAUAGUAGUAAAUUUUUUAGCAUUUUUGUGGCUUUAACCUUCUGUUCAUAUCUGCACUUGUUUGAGUGUACAUAUAUAAAUAUAUAUAAAUAUAAAAUGGGAGCCUUAAUGGAUUUGUUUUCAUAAUUUAAUAUUUUUUGUAUUUGCCUCUUGUAUAAUUGUUUUUAACUAAAGGUAUUACGAGAAUGAGGGUGAAAUACUUAGAACCAAAGUUAUGCUUAAUAAAAUC